CAUGUGUGCACACAUACCCAAAAGUAUAUUGGACAGGCCCUUCCAUUGUGAUUUGAUUCCUUCCCUCGUAUCAGUUAGCAGGUGAUAAGGACACUAGUCUCAUUAUUACUGAGACACAGCUGCUUACUGUGAAUGUUCCUGUUUUAAGUAUUUCCUGGCCCAGCACAGCCACAAACUGUGACUCGCUACAAGGAUGGGGCCUGUCUCUGACUUCCUGUUACUCUGCAGACAGAGGUAAGAGAACUAAAAUGACAACCUCAGGAUCCUAACCACCCCAGAGGAUAACUACAGAGAAACGCUUCACAUCUGACAUCAUUGGAGCCCAGUCUGGAUUGCUUUUACACAUCAUCAAAUUCAUUUUCCACUCCUAGGUUUAGGGGUGUGAGAUUUAAAAGACUAUAUGCUAUCCAGCCACAAAGUGUUCAUGGGAAAGGUGGAAAUUCAUUUGGCAGGGAUGUCCUCUCCAUUCCUGCAGCAAGCAUUUAUUGCCCAAUUCACUCUGUGCCCCAAGCAUCUGUUAUAUGAAGAUGAAUAGGACUGGUCUUUGCCUCCAAGGAGCUGAGAGUCUAGUAGAACACUUUAGGACAGCCACCAAGAGAAACCUAUGUAGGUUAUUAAAAGGCUUAAUGGCAGUUAGCCAGGGAAGGUGGAUGGAGUGUGGCAUUCCAGACAGAGGAAACAGCAAGGACAGAGGCCAAGAAGCAAGACAGUCCGGUGGCAUGUGCAGCAUGUUCCUGUAGUAUCAGAAAGGGAGAGCAUCGUGUAGGUAACCUGGUAGAGACCCUUCAAUCCAGACCUCCUGUGAUUCUCUGCCUGCUUCCACAGUGGUCAUCUAAUCCUGUAGGCUUACCUUGGACCGGUCCUUUUCUUCUGCUGUGUUGCCAUCAUGCCUCAAACCCGAUCCCAGUCACAGGCUACAAUCAGUUUUCCAAAAAAGAAGGUGUCUCGGACAUUGGACAAAGCUAAAAUCUCUGGAGACACCAAACUAGAACGGACCAAUCUCCAGGCCACACGCUGUUCUGUAAAAAUUCUGCCUCUAAGCCCCAGAAAACGUCUCGGUGAUGACAAUCUGUGCAACACUCCCCAUUUACCACCCUGUUCUCCACCAAAGCAAGGCAAGAAAGAGAAUGGCCCCCCUUGCUCCCGUUCACCUAAGGGGCGCAGAUUGGUAUUUGACAAUCAGCUGACAAUGAAGUCUCCUAGCAAAAAGGAACAAACCAGAGCUCACCAAAACAAAAUCCAUUCGUCAGGCAGAAAAGAUCAAGAGAUCACAACAAAUUCUGAGCAGAGAUGUCCACUGGAGAAAGAAUCUGCAUGUGUGAGACUGUUCAAGCAAGAAGGCACUUGCUACCAGCAAGCAAAGCUGGUCCUGAAUACAGCUGUCCCGGAUCGGCUGCCUGCCAGGGAAAAAGAGAUGAAUGUCAUCAGGAAUUUCCUGAGGGAGCACAUCUGUGGGAAAAAAGCUGGAAGUCUUUAUCUUUCUGGUGCUCCUGGAACUGGAAAAACUGCCUGCUUAAGCCGAAUUCUGCAAGACCUUAAGAAGGAACUGAAAGGCUUUAAAACUAUCAUGCUGAAUUGCAUGUCCUUGAGGAGUGCCCAGGCUGUAUUCCCAGCUAUUGCUCAGGAGAUUUGUCAGGAAGAAGUAUCCAGGCCAGCUGGGAAGGACAUGAUGAAGAAACUAGAAUACCAUAUGACUGCAGAGAAGGGCCCCAUGAUUGUGUUGGUGCUGGACGAGGUGGAUCAGCUGGACAGCAAAGGGCAGGAUGUAUUGUACACACUCUUCGAAUGGCCAUGGCUAAGCAACUCUCGAUUGGUGCUGAUUGGUAUCGCUAACACCCUGGAUCUCACGGACAGAAUUCUGCCGAGGCUUCAAGCUAGAGAAAAAUGUAAACCUCGGCUGCUGAACUUCCCACCUUAUACCAAAAACCAGAUAGCCACUAUCUUGCAGGAUCGGCUUGAUCUGGUGUCCGGAGUUCAGGUUCUGGACAAUGCUGCAAUUCAGUUCUGUGCCCGAAAAGUCUCUGCUCUUUCAGGAGAUGUUCGAAAGGCGCUAGAUGUUUGCAGGAGAGCUAUUGAAAUUGUAGAGUCGGAUGUCAAAAGCCAGACUGUCCUCAAACCGCUGUCUGAAUGCAAAUCACCCUCUGAGUCACUGGUUCCCAAGCAGGUUGGUCUUAUUCACAUAUCCCAAGUCAUCUCAGAAGUUGAUGGUAACAGAAUGAGUUUGAGCAAAGAAGGAACACAAGAUUCCUUCCCUCUUCAGCAGAAGAUCUUGGUCUGCUCUUUGCUGCUCUUGACCCGGCAGCUGAAAAUCAAAGAGGUCACUCUGGGGAAGUUAUAUGAAGCCUAUAGUAACGUCUGUCGGAAACAGCAGGUGGCAGCUGUGGACCAGUCAGAGUGUUUGUCACUUUCAGGGCUCUUGGAGGCCAGGGGCAUUUUAGGAUUAAAGAAGAACAAGGAAACCCGCUUCACAAAGGUGUCUUUGAAGAUUGAGGAGCAGGAAGUAGAGCAUGCUCUAAAAGACAAAGCUUUAAUUGGAAAUAUCUUAGCUACUGGAUUGCCUUAAACUCUUUUCUUUUCUACUAAUAUGCUACCCAGAAGUAUCCCACUGGCAUUUAGAGAGCUCUGGAAUCUUCAUUUUAGUACUUUAUCCAUUCAGGCCUGAAAACUAAUAUGACCUUUUUUUUUUUUUUUCUUUUUUUCAUUUUAUUUUCUCUUAAAUAAUCUCUACAUCCAGCAUGGGGCUCAAACAAAAGUUGCAUGCUCUUCUGACUGAGCUAUCCAGGCGCCCCGAAAUAUGGCCUUUUUAAAUGGGAAACUGAUAAAUUUUAAUCUGUAUGUUGAUGAAUAUUAUUAACACAGAGUAAUAAUUUUGGGUCUUAUUUUUAUGCAUUAAAAAUCCACCAAGUAGACUCUUUUUAAUUAUAUUCACUACAUCCACAUCUUGUGUGUCUCUAACCAGUAUGCUUGUAUCACAGCAUAUAGGAUUUAUAUGGUGGACUAUGCCUGUAUUUACCUCUUAGUUUCUUCAGACAUUGGUGUAUUUUAUAAAACUUUGGGGCUAGAGUAAGAAGAAUGAAAAAGGACGUUCCAGGGAAAGAAGCAAGUCUACAUGGAGAUCUGGAGGACACUUUGAUCAAAGAAUUUCUUUCUUUUUGGAGUAUACUGUGUUCAUGUUGCACAUACUUCCACAUUGCGACAUUUUAAAGACUCACUGAGUUUCUUGGGCACUCCCAAAGGUUGUGGGGGUGGUAAAGGGAAUGUAACUGUACAGUCUGUGAAUAUAUUUAUUCCCAAGUUG